CCGUGUCCCUCAGCGGCUCCCGUAGCGAUCGCGGCGGCACCGGCGGCACCGGCGGCACCGGCCCCGGUUUUACUCACCACUUCCACCGAGGGGCAGCUUCUUCUGAGGAAUUCAGGAAAAUGCUGAGAAGCCUGAAAGGAAUGUGCCAUUCCCUGAGGCUGGAGCGUGGCUGUGCCCUCCACACGACAUCCAGGGCUGGCCUGAGCUCUGUGUCCAGCCAGGAUGUGCCUGCACAAAAGCCCCGAGCAAUUUUCCACACCAGCGAGAGCGACCCGGCCAAGCACACGGAGCAGCACGAGGGGCGUCUCUACGACAUCCCCCUGGAGGAGGUGAAGGCUGUGUUCCCCCAUGGGCUGCCCCACCGUUUCCAGCAGCAGAUCCAGACCUUCAACGAGGCGCGGGUGAUGGUGCGGAAGCCGGCGCUGGAGAUCCUGGCUUACCUGAAGGGCUCCAGCUUCGCCCACCCUGCUGUGAGAUAUGUGAUCUAUGGUGAGAGAGGAACAGGGAAGACCAUGACCCUGUGCCACGUGGUUCACUACUGCUCCAGGCAGGGCUGGCUGGUGCUGCACGUCCCGGAUGCUCAUCUCUGGGUGAAGAACUGCAAGGAGCUUUUUCAGUCUUCCUACAACAAAGACCGGCUGGAUCAGCCUCUGCAGGCCUCAGUGUGGCUCAAGAACUUCAAAACCUCCAAUGAACGUUUCCUGCAGGAGAUAAAAACACAAAAAAAAUACACGUGGGGCAAAAGAGAAAGCACAGAGGAGGGCAGACCUUUGAGGGAAGUGGUGGAGCAGGGCCUGGCUCGGGUCAGGAGCGCCAGCGACGCCCUGGGGGUGGUGCUGAGGGAGCUCAGGCAGCAGAGCCACCGCGGCUCCUUCCGGCUCCUGGUGGCCGUGGACGGCGUCAACGCGCUCUGGGGAAGGACCACGCUGAGCAGGGAGGACAAGAGCCCGGUCUCUCCGGAGGAGCUGACGCUCGUGCACAACCUGAGGAAGAUGGUGAAGAACGACUGGAGUGGAGGUGCCAUCGUGACCACCCUGAGCCAGACUGGCUCGCUCUUCAAACCCAGCUCAGCCUACACUCCCCAGGAGCUGCUGGGAAAGGAGGGCUUCGAUGCCUUGGACCCCUUUGUGCCCAUCCCAGUCCCAAAUUACAGCCCCAGGGAGUUCGAGAGCUGCUACAGCUACUACCUGGAGCGCAGGUGGCUGCAGCACGAGCAAGCGCGCACUGAGGACGGCAAGGCGGAGCUGCGGUUCCUGAGCGGCUCCAACCCGCGGCAGCUGGAGCGGCUGGCGGGGCCCCUGUAGCGCAAUAAACGCUCCGUUCCCCCGC